AUGCGCUUAUAUGAUGUGCCUUGGAUAGCUCAUGAAGGGGGAAAUAUUUUUUCCUUGGACAUCCACCCAAACGGAAGCAAAUUAGCCACAGCUGGUCAAGAUGGAGGCGGGGCAGGACUUUUAAUUGUUUGGGAUCUUGAUUUUCUCAAUGCGUCUAUUGAUGAAACAACUGAAGUUAUGCCUGCUUAUAAUAAUCAUCCAAUGGCUAGAAUACCUCAUUCAAGCAGUAUAAACUGUGUCCGUUGGACUCGUGAUCCUUCUUCUAAACGCCUUGUUUGUGGGGGCGAUGACCCCGUUCUUUGUAUUUAUGAAUGUACUGGAGUCUUCACAAGUAUGGGAUCAAUUGAUCAGCCUUCUUCUUCUACAACUUUGCCUUCUGAACAACAAGAAAUUUUACGAAAAGUAGAAAAUUAUAGAUGUACACAUAAAUUAUUUGGUCAUACUUUGGACGUUUUACAUUUGGAUUGGUCUCCAGAUGGAAAAUUUUUGGCUUCUUGUUCACUUGAUAAUUCAAUAAUAAUUUGGAAUGCUCGCAAAUUACCUGAAAAACUCACAACAUUAAAACAAUCGGGAGGAGGUCAUUCACGAGGCGUCAAGGGUUUGGCUUGGGAUCCUGUUGGACGCUUUUUAGCUACACAAGCAGAAGACAAUGCUCUAAAAAUUUGGCAAACUGAUAGUUGGACCUGUGUACAUACAUUCUCUGAACCUUUUGCCGAAUCAGCAAUUUCAACACUUUUUUGUCGAAUGGAUUGGUCUCCAGAUGGUUGUUUUCUAGUUGCUCCUUGUGCAAUGAAUAAUGGAGGGCCAACAGCCAAAAUUUUUAUGAGGAAAGAUUGGUCGUAUUCUAGGGAUUUGGUUGGAUUUAGAAAAGCUGUUUGUGCUGUGGUUUGUUGAUUUUUUUUUUGAAAUUUCGUUGAGAAAAUUUUUUGGACUUGUAAAUAGGGUAAGAAGUGUUUUUCUUGAUUUUGCUGAUUUUC